ACGCUACCAGUACAUCUUGGAUUUGACCUCGAUCUUCAGCUCUCCUCUGAUUCCCGAACCACCCACCCUUGAACCCUUUAUAUUAAUCUCAUUAGCUUAAACACCACUCCUCAAUACACAACAUCUCUCAUUCUUACUCUUCUUCUUCUUCUGCUUCAGUUCUUGAGUUGUUGUUCGGUUUGGUAUCUUCAAGAAAAGAUGAUGCAUCACGUGAACGGAAAGGGACUCCAGUUGCAGGGGAAUAAGGGGAAUGGCAACCAUGUGAGGCGGUUGUCAAUGGAGCUUGUGAGGACCUACGAGAAUAUGAGGAAGUUGGCUUCAGCCAACGCAGUGGUGGUGUUCAGCCUAAGCAGCUGCUGCAUGUGCCACGUCGUCAAGAGCUUGCUCUUUGGCCUCGGCGUGGGUCCCACCAUCGUGGAGCUGGAUGAAGAAAAGAACGGCAAAGAGAUGCAGGCCGUACUUUAUGGUCUCGUCGGCGACGGAGAACAGCCUUUGCCUGCUGUAUUCGUCGGGGGCAAGUUCUUGGGUGGUGUUCAGACCGUCAUGUCGUCUCACAUCAAUGGCACCCUCGUCCCUCUCCUCAAAGACGCCGGUGCUCUGUGGCUCUGAUCAGAGAUUUCUAUCUAUAUACAUUUACACUCCUGACAUACCUCGCCGGAAUAUUUUUCUGUUUAUGUCUCUAACCCCUUUACGUUACUCUGUUGCUCUGUUUUUCUGUUUUUGUCUUCCUUCAUGUGUCCAUGGUUGUAUAGAGUAC